CUUAUCGGGUAAGCAGAGAUUGCAAGAAUUAUUGUAGAUUGCAAAUGAAUGACAAAUUGAUGACAACCUGGUUUUAAUGAAUACUCCGUAAACCCUUAUUAAGAAAUCAAUGCGCCUGCGGUCAUACACCACCACUUACGUUUAAAUAACCGCACCAGUGCCCUUUUUUAUAGGAAUUUUGCUAUAUACCAGCUUUAAAAUUCAAGCGUUGUACGUAUUCGACUUACAUUAAAAAAAUUAUGUACCAACUCUUCGCUCGUGUUUGCCAGAAACCUAAUGUGUUGUUACUCUGUGACGUCAUUAUGGACCGAAAAGUAGUUUCCAAUUGCAUCAUAAAUAAAUAAAGAGUUGUUGCGAUUUUAAUUAUUCCAAUUGCUCUGUUUUGUCAAUACAGCUGCAAAUGUGUUAGUGUGGAUGUUGCUGUACACCACCCAUUUUUUUAAAUACACGGUUUCUACACUUAUUCCUGCCAGGUCAUCCAGCAAUUGUGCAUAGUAAAAGGAUAUCUUAGUGGGAUAUAACAAUAAUUUCUACAAAGACCAGGAAAAAAAAUCAAUUCCUAUCCAAUUUUUUUAAUAUAAAUUAUGCAUGAAUUACGGGUUCCAAGUUGCGAAUGGUUGCGGGUACGUCGUCAUUCCCUAAGUAAUAUACCGGUAGCCAUUACCUGUAAUAUGUACCCAGGUGGCAAUGGUACAUCAGAUAAUGUACUGCAGUUUGUGAAGUACUGUGUAUAAUUAUAAACCAUAGCUUCCUAGAUUAGAUCAAGCUUCGUAGUCUAUUACAAACAUGAGCAUAUAAGGGAUCAAUAAAAAGAGAAAAAAGGUUCCUGUAUAUACUCUAUCCACACGUUCUGACAUUGCUUCACUUAUUCAAGAUGGCGCUUCCAGGGUCCACGCUUGGUUUUGUAGUUGCCGCCCCGACCACGCAGCUUCCAUUGUCUGCUGAUGUGCUUUCUGAGCUUCCCUACAACUCAACCGAUACUGGGGCUCUGAAAAUUCUCAUCCCCGACAAUCAGAUGCAAGGACGAACUCCGCCAACUACUACAACAGCUCCAUCUAUGUGUAUCUUAUCGCCGCCAGAUCACUUUGAAAAUGUGGUCGUCCCAUCAAUCUACAUUGUCAUCUGCAUCGUCGGUCUUCUCGGCAACGGAGUAGUCCUUGGCCUUUUACUCAGACCAGAUCAUAGUCAUAUACAUGGCAAUAAACCAUCUGUGACCAACAUACUGGUUAUCAAUUUGGCGUUAGCUGACUUUAUUUUUGUAGGGGCGCUUCCAUUUUGGAUUACUGAGAGAUUUCUGCGUGGAAGUUGGAUUUUUGGAAACUUUGGAUGUAAGUUUCUAAGUUUUAUUUCCCUGCUGAAUUUGUAUGGGAGCGUCUUCUUCCUCGUGGCAAUGGGAAUUGACCGGUACUUGGCAGUCGUCUUCGCAGUCCGUGCAAGGAAUUACCGAACACCUAGGAAUGCCAUUCGAGUCUGCAUAGGAAUUUGGCUCUUCGCGAGCAUCAUUGCCGCUCAAGCUCUCGUCUACAGAGAAAUCUGCGUAAACGGUGACGUUUCUCGAUGCUUGUGGCACCUGCCUGGUGGGGACGCAUAUCAGAUUGCGUAUUUCGUUACCAGGACAGCACUGGGAUUCUUUCUGCCAGUAUUUGUGAUCAUAUACUGCUACAGCUUUAUCAUUAUUUCGCUAAGACGUAGAUCCAGGAAUAUGUCUGCUAGCGGUGUGAGGAUAACGAACCAACAACAAAAGGUUACACGUUUAAUAUUAGCUGUGGUAAGUUUGUUCGUCGUAUGCUGGCUUCCCAAUCAUAUUGUGACAGUGAUUAAUGCGCUUACAUUGCAUGACAUUGAACUACAAUACAAACUUCAUCUACCGACCGCUAGCUUGAUAUCGACUUGUUUGGCCUACGCUAAUUCCAGCAUUAACCCCGUGCUCUACGCGCUGAUGAAAGAAGAUGUGAGGCUGCAGCUUAUUGAACUGAUUCGAAAGACUUGUGGUUGUGCAAAAAAAGAAAAUCCGAAUCGGUUGCCAUCGCAACCGCACAAACCUUCCGAAGAGGAUGAACAGCGACGUCAAGCGACAUUAGAUGCUCUUAACCGCCGACGUGAGGAUAAAGUUGAAACUGUUCUACCUCCGUCAGACGACGCUAAUGACACACUUCUUGAUUCGACGGGAUCCCCAUAUCCAGCACAACGUACAAGUGAUGAUCAACUAAGUGCAGAAAGCAAGCAACCCAUAGAUACCAUGGUCAUCAGCAACGAGUCUCCAGCUAUCACAAAGGCAGCAACACACGUUUGAUGUUUCAUGUCUCCCAGCUACGUCAUCCAUCAUCACUAACGUCACCAAAACACGUAGCUUGUGUGUACAAAUAAAAAUUAAAUGUACAGACAAACGAGAUGUUGUAUAUAUAUUGCAUUCAAAUAAAUUAAACCCUUUCGCCAUUGUGUAUAAGCAUAAACUUGUAUUUAUUUCUUCAUGUACAAUAAUCAAAAUAAAUUUGACAAAGGAAAGGAAAUAAAAUGUACCACAUAUGCGGUAAGGUGAGAUACUGUUAGUGUUAGCAUCUAUUCCCGAUAUUUGCUGGUUGUGUUUUAUUAAUAACGUUCUUUUUGAAUCGUAGGGACUACGGGUUUAUAAUUAUGUAAACGGCCUUUGUUUACUGCCAAAUAGGACGAGAAAAGAGGAUAAAAAAGUGUUCUCCUUUACCGUUCGAGGAUGACCCGGCUCAAAAGCUCAAUGCUGUUACUUUGACUAAGGUGUCUUCUUGGGAACUGUGCCUAAUGCCAACUUCGUGGUCACUGAUUGAGUGUCUAAUGUAGCAAUUAUACACGUAUCGGAAUCAAUUACCGAGAAAGUUUCAUUAAUGCGGAAGUGUGCUGGGACUCGUGCAAGUGGUGCAUUUCAUGCACCAGAUGUAGUUCCCGGGCCUCAGUUCUCUGUCUUCGAUUCCGUAACAAAAUGUUCCUAUUGUUCCUGACAAGUAGACCACGGGUAUAAAGUCAUUAAGUCUGAGAUGUGACCACGCAUAUAAAAGUCAUCAAGCCUGAGAUGUGAUUUUGUUGGUGCGUUUAACUUAGAAACUGUUGCUUUCAAAAGGGACCUAUUAACUAAAACCUUAUAAAUUUUGGUGAAAAAAAAACAUAAAAGUACAGAUAUUUUAAUAUUUAAUAAUAGUUGCCGCAUGUCAAUAUUUUAUAGAUUGGCGUAAAAAUGCCGAAGUUGUUUAAAUCCCCUAACAAAGAAUGCUGCAGGGUACCAUAACCUUUGUUACACAAAUUUCGUGACGUUUGUUUGUGACGUAAAUGAAUCAAUUUUGUUUUUCAUUUUAAAUAUAUUUUGUUUCUUUUUGACUGUAAAAAAACAUUGUAAUUUACGAAUUUAUCAUAACUUUUUUAAUGUAAACAGCUACUUUAAUUAUUCAGCGAUCUAUUUGUUAUCUUUGGUGCGGAGUAACACGAAACUGCUCUGACGUCAUAAACGUCCGCGA